GGAGGCAGGGUCAGCCAAAGCAGGCGCAGCGGGGACAUGAGGUCCCAGUCGGAGGCACGGGAGAGUAGCUGCAGCAGCAUCAGCAGCGGGAAGACCCAGAAGCCCCAAAGCCCCGAGAAGUUCCAGCGCGGCCAGGGCAAGAAAAAGCGCAAACGGGGCCGUGUGGUCGGCUUGAGCCAGCAGCGGCAGGCGGCCAACGCCCGGGAGAGGGACCGCACUCACAGCGUCAACAGCGCUUUCACCGCCCUCCGCACCCUCAUCCCCACGGAGCCGGCGGACCGCAAGCUCUCCAAGAUCGAGACCCUGCGCCUGGCAGCCAGCUACAUCUCCCAUCUGGAAAACGUGCUCUUGUUCCCACCCGAGUCGUUUGGGGGUCCCCAGGCCCACCCCCCGCUUCACUAUCUGCCCUGCCUGCGGGACAGCGAAGGAGGUGCUGGCGGCAGCCCCUACGGAAGCGUAGGAGCCCCGCGACCCAUCUGCACCUUCUGCCUCAGUCACCAGAGGAGGGUGUACAAAGAAGGGGAGAAGCAAUGAUCUAUUUUAAGUAUAUGUGGACAAUCCCUCAGAUGAGAAGCUUGUACAAGUAUUGCACCAAAUGGUGAAAUGAUUUAUGUAACUUCUUGGCACCCACAGAAUAUGUUUACAUGAAAUACAUUAAAUAAUGUAAAGAAGUCAUGUUUUAACACACACAUGGAAAAACACAUGGGUCAUACUCUUACAUUGCGACAAAUUUAUUUGGAUCAUCCUGCAAAUGAAACCUUAUACUGGGGGCAAAAGUUGCAUCUGGUGUGGCAGCUGUUUUCGUGCCAGAGAUGUUAAACUUAGCCAUCCUAGUCCUGAAACUCAGGGCUUGAAACAUAGACCACCUGAUGAAACUUGAGAUUUGAGACUUGCAGUGUUUUCUGUCAGUGGGAAUGCAUAACACCAUCGACUGAGUCUUGAAUGAAUAUCAGACUGAGCAUGGUCAACCUCCCAUUUUUCUAGCCCUACGCUCCAACUUUUAUUUAUGGUGAAAGAAGGAAAUCAAAUAUGUCAUCAGUAAUUUUGUUCAAGCUAAGGAAACAAGAAAGUGGUUAAUGGUUAUCUGAUGAGGAAAAUAGAUCCUCUCCCUCUGCCAACCCCCAAACAUCACAGAGAAAAGUUGUCAGUCACUGUUUCAAAAUAUAUCCAUAGAUGACUGUGGUGGAUCAUUAAGGAAUCGCUUACCUCUACCCCUUAAUCCUAGAAAUAAUGUUCGCUAUAAUUGGAUAAAGUUACCUCUUCAUUUUAAAAUUACCCUCUACAAUCAUAAUUAGAUACAUUACAUUAUGUAUUUUUAAGCUUGAUCAGAUACAACACAUCUUAAAUUCCACGCCAGUUAUGCCACCUGCUGAGUCUCCUGCAUACUACAUUGGCACUGGUCUUCUCAGGGUUACAAAUAAUACUAAAUAAAGUAUCCUUGCAAAUAGUCAUGUGCACUUGCCGAAAGCACAUAGGAGCAGGAAUAAGGAAUGAUAGAAUGAUUUCACUUCCAUUUCUCUCAAUCAACGUGCUUCAUAUGUGCUC